ACAGAAGAAUAUUGUGUUUAAUUCAAAACACAACCUGCCCACUCACUAGAUAUCAGCCACGGUUUCCAAGCUUGUCAGUUUUACACGGUUUACUUUCAAUCUGCGGAGGAAACUAAUGUCUGCCAGUAGUAGCACCUCUCCUCUGACCUUACCUAAACCCUUUGUCCACUCUCAGCAUCAGACUGCACCCCCAACCCCCUCUCCAUCACCCAGCCCUCCGGUGCCACUCUGCGGCCGUCUCUCCAAUGGGAAUCACAGCGUUCCGAGCCCCACCAGCUCCCUCCACGGAGUGUCCUUCCUCCUUCAGAUCGGACUUACUAGGGAGAUGGUCACCCUGGAGCCACACGAUCUGUCCCUCAGUUCUGUGAAGGAUUUGGUCUGCUCCAUAGUCGAUCAAAAGUUCCCAGAAUGUGGAUUCUUUGGCUUGUACGAUAAGAUCUUGCUCUUCCGCCAUGAUCUGAACUCAGACAACAUCCUCCAGCGGCUAACAUCGGCAGAGGAUAUCCAUGAGGGAGAUCUGAUUGAGGUUGUCCUGUCCGGAUGUGGCCUGAACUAUCACAAACGAUGCGCCUUUAAGAUCCCUAACAACUGUAGCGGUGUAAGGAAAAGACGUCUUUCUAAUGUGUCUCUGCCCGGCCCGUCACUGUCUGUUCCUCGUCCUGCUCCAGCAGAGCAUGCUGUCGUGAGCCUGGAAGAGCAGCGCCCCCAUCAGGAGCCAGGUAAGCGGAUACCGUCAUGGAGCGGUCGGCCAAUCUGGAUGGAGAAGAUGGUGCUGGGGCGGGUGAAGGUCCCUCACACUUUUGUCAUUCACACCUACACCCGCCCCACCAUCUGUCAGUACUGCAAACGGCUGCUCAAAGGGCUUUUCCGCCAGGGCAUGCAGUGCAAAGACUGUAAAUUCAAUUGCCACAAGCGAUGUGCUUCAAAGGUACCGAAAGACUGUCUUGGAGUCUUCAAUGGAGAGCCGGCCAGCCCAGGUCCUGACUCUGAUACCACGAUGGACGUAGACAGCAGUGAUGUGAACAGCGAUAGCAGUCGUGGUCUGGACGAUUCAGAGGAACCUACUACUCCAGAAGACAAGAUCUUCUUUAUGGACUCCCCCUUCAUGGACCGUGAGAAGGAUGAAGAACCUGUGAAGACCAUCAGCCCCUCUACCAGCACCAAUAUCCCCCUGAUGCGUGUGGUCCAAUCUGUCAAACACACCAAGAGGAGGAGCUCCACUGUGGUCAAAGAAGGAUGGAUGGUGCACUACACCAGUCGAGACAAUCUUAGAAAGAGACACUACUGGAGACUGGACAGCAAGAGUCUGACUCUGUUUCAGAAUGACGCGGGAGCCAAAUAUUACAAAGAGAUUCCCCUGUCAGAGAUCUUGCAGGUGGAGGUUGCGCGUGACUUCAGUAGUUUAGCCCUGGGGGGCAAUCCACACUGCUUCGAGGUCAUCACCGCCACCAUGGUGUACUACGUAGGGGAGAACACCGGCGGCCCCCACCUCCACAUCCACAACCCUGCGCUGGCUGCCGGUGGCGUGGGGCUGGAGGUGGCCAAGGGCUGGGAGAGGGCCAUCCGCCAGGCCCUGAUGCCCGUUCCAGUAACACCACAGCCCAGCGUGGGCGCUGCUGCGGGACAGAGUAAAGAUCACAGGAAACAUAGAAAAACAGGCAGAGAUGUGGCCAUCAAAGUAAUAGACAAAAUGAGAUUCCCCACCAAACAGGAGAGCCAGCUGAGAAAUGAGGUUGCCAUUUUACAGAUCCUUGUGGCUUUGCGACAUCUCCAUUUCAAGAACAUUGUUCACUGUGACCUGAAGCCAGAAAAUGUGCUGUUGGCAUCUGCGGAGCCAUUUCCUCAGGUAAAAUUGUGUGACUUUGGGUUUGCUCGGAUCAUCGGGGAAAAAUCUUUUCGGCGCUCAGUGGUGGGCACACCUGCAUAUCUGGCCCCAGAGGUGCUGCGCAGUAAAGGCUACAACCGUUCCCUAGACAUGUGGUCAGUGGGAGUCAUUAUCUAUGUCAGUUUAAGUGGCACCUUCCCCUUUAAUGAGGACGAGGACAUUAACGACCAAAUCCAGAAUGCAGCUUUCAUGUACCCACCAACACCCUGGAAAGAGAUCUCUGCUGAAGCUACAGAUCUGAUCAACAACCUUCUCCAAGUCAAGAUGAGGAAGCGAUACAGCGUGGACAAGACCCUCAGUCAUCCGUGGCUACAGGACUACCAGACGUGGCUCGAUCUGCGAGAGUUUGAGACGCGCCGAGGGGAACGCUACAUUACUCACGAGAGCGACGAUGCACGCUGGGAAAAGUACGCUUACGAGCACACUCUGGUGUAUCCGAAGCACUUCAUCAUGGCUCCAAACCUUGAUGAUAUGGAUGAGGACCCCUAGUGGCCGUAUGAGCCGAACUGAAAACGAGGUCAGAUGAAGGCAGAGACCUGUUAAUGGUCUGUUGCUAUGGAGAAUGAAACACAUCAGCAAUCUGAAGCAGACUUUGAGGGGAGCAGACUGUUACAAAGCCAGCGAGGUCGACCGCUCUCUGGGUGUCAACAAGAGUCAUCCACACUGCUAAUGAAGAUGAAGGCUGUUUCAGAGCGUGGAAAUGCAGUAUUCGCGGGGAGUGCAUUCAGAAGUCUUAAUGACUCUUCUUUUCCAAACGGUGCUGUUAUGUUUGUUUCUUAUCGAGGUGUGUGUUCCGAAUGUCAGAAACUCGCGUUACAAUAAUAUAAAGGUUAGUAACAGAUGUGAAUAUUGGGGAGAACGAUGCAGUCGUUUAUAGUAGUUUUAUUUUGAAAGCAUCAAACUGGAACGUGCGUUUUUGAAAUUCCUAUUCUAUGAUUUUCUAAUUCGCUUUGUCCUUAAAUAUAGGUUACACAGCAGACUGAAUGAUUUCAAAAGGGUCGUUUUUUUGCACUAAACAAUACAACCACUGCAGCUGGUACAAUUAAAUGAAUUAUGUGACGUAACAGCACACCAUUCUUGAAGAAUCCAGAAGAUGGCGCUUGUGUCGGACAGCUACACUCAAGCUCUGAAUGGAAAGGAAGGGGAGAUAUUAUCUUCAGCGGACCAAAGACAUUCGCGUCAAUUGUGACUCUUGUUCUUGCGUCGUUUUAGAGCUGAUGUUCUCAGAGCCAUUCUGUUUAUUUAUUCCUCGUACUGCAGUCUUAAAAUCUAAUAGCAGCUAAGCAGUGCAGAAAGAUGUGUCGGUCAAAAGCCUACUGUGAGAAAGCUUUAUGACUUAUUAGCAAAGCUCUUUUAAUACAAAAAAGUAAUGUAUUGAAAAUAACUGCUAACAACUUUUAUUAGAAGUUGUAGAACUUUAUUCUUUUUGUUCCUUUCCCUUUUUUUUUUUUUAAAUAUGGUAUGUAUUGUACUCAAGAAUGAACCUUUCUAUGAAUCCCAGAACUGGAAAAUCUGAAAAAUAUUUUUGGUAAUGGACUUUUUGUUGUUGUACAAACCACCUACAAUAUUAAAAUUAAGCUGGAUCCUCUAUACACACACACACAACCUAGUGAAAAUGAGCAAAUGUGAUGGGAAAAGAAGACAUUUUUAAGUAGUUUCUUUUCAUUGUCCAUGAAAUAAAAACUGUACCAUACACAAUGAAAUAUGGGAGAAACAGAUUGAGGAUUCCUCUGAAUCAUCACAUCUUGAUCACUAUGUUGCCGCUGGAUUGGCAAGUGUAAGUGUUCUGUAUAUUUUAGUACAUACUGGUUCAAUAAAAGCUAUACACUCCAUGCGUUUGGGGUGAUUAUUCAAGGAUUUGGAUUUGCUGAUGGUGGAGGAGAGAUCUGACAAAAUGAAGUUUUUGACAUUUUUGCAGGUCAUGAAAUGAUCAGAAGACCCAAUAGAUCUAUAUUUGAAGGAGCUGGGCAUGUCUGC